ACAAUUAAGUAACUCAGCUAAAUCAGCAAAAAUAACAAUUUCAAAGUCAAUAUGAAGAAUUUAGUGGUUUUCGGGUUAGUGUUGGUGGUUUUAUUUGCUGUUACAAUGGCAGAAGACACACCAGAUGAAAAUGAGAAAUUCGAAGUGAGAAUGUCACAGGUUUCUUUGAAUGAUGUAGAGCCAGCACCACGUGUAGUAUGCCAACUUGGAGGAAACAGAUUAUGCAAUGCUCGGUGCAUAUCUCUAGGAAAAAGAGGAGGCGCGUGCAAAAAAGGAACUUGUUACUGCAGAAAUUGAAGAAAUUUAAUAUAGCAUAAUAUAUUAGAUGAACUUUGAUUAAAACCGUGUUAAAAAUUUUGCGCAAAAUAUAUAAUAUACCUACAAAUUAUAAC